AUGCGAAAAAUUGUCUUGACCACUUUGUUUUUCUUCUGUCGAAAAAUUUUACGAAAUCAUCAUGUAUUCUAUUUUGUGCUCGGAAAAGAAGGGUAUUUAAUAAACUCUGGUGAUGUUCCACUCAUUCAGGGCGAAUGCUUCAUCGAUAUUUGGGGCGGCUUUGCUGACCGAGAAUCGGAACGGCGAUGGAGGGAAGACACGCUACAAAUCAUUUUCAGCACUUCGAAGGCGGUCGGUGCGAUCUGCGUUGCAAUGUUGGUGGAUCGAGGUCGCCUGAAAUAUUCCGACAAAAUAUCGUCAUUCUGGCCGCAGUUUGCCAAGCAUGGAAAAGAAAACAUAACGGUCGAAAUGGUAUUGGCUCACACGUCAGGUCUCGCUUGUCUUGAUGGAAAAAUUUCAUAUGAAGAUGCUGCAGAUCACGAGAAAAUGAGGCCAAUAUGGGAACCAGGGAAAGCUGUGGGUUAUCACGCUUUGUCAUAUGGAUGGUUAGUGGAUCAGAUCAUUAGGCGAACCGAUAUCAAACAUCGAGGAAUCGGCCAGUUCUUCAAAGAGGAAAUCGCCGACAAGCACGGACUGGAAUUGCACUUUGGUCUACCAAUGGAAAAAGCAUGGCGUGUGGCCAGAAUCACUCGACCGACCCUCAUUGACCGCAUCGACGAAUUUCUUACUGAUCCGAUUCGUGAUUUCAGAGUAAUUGAAGAAUAUGCUGCACAAUUUAGUGUAACUUGUGUCAAAAAUACGAUUAAUAACCCGGAGAUGUAUGCAUUGGAACAACCCGCAGUACUUGGAAUCGGAACAGCUCGCGAUUUGGCCAAGCUUGCUCAGCUCUUAAUGGACGAAAAACUCGUAAGUAGGGUAAGUUGGGCAAUGUUUUUUCUAAGAGAAAAGCCAUCCAAUGGAAAGUGUUAUAUUGUCACGGGAGCACAUGCUGAAAGAGGACGUGGAACGACCGUGAUGCAUCUAAAAAGAAACGGAGUCGAUCAUCGUCUGAUUGGUCACACUGGACUUGGCGGUCAGAAUCUGAGAUGGGAUGAGGAGAACAGAUUGGUGAUUGCAUUUCUGAGCAAUGGGCUAAAAGGUGGACUCGGAGAUCGUGCAAGGACCUACGUUCGUUUAGUGGAGGCCAUAUACGACUGCCUUCCUAAGAAUAAUUACUCUUCCAGUAUUGCUUCGUACCGAAAUCGUAUGAUAUCAGCGCGAGAUUCCAUAGAAAUCACAUGA